AGCAGCGCUUGGCUCGAGCCGAACCUGAUUUUUCAUCACCCAGCGGGGGCGGCUAGGCCAGAGAACGCACCCAUCCCCGUGGGCUGAGGGACCACCAAGCACGCCUGUCCAUGGGCCACUGGCGCUCCCCGCCACGACGAGUGAGGCGAUGACGAGCCACGCCGCAGCAUCAAUCGGCACGACCACGCCCAGGCCCCCGUCCGAGGCUGCCUCGCUGGGAGGCGGGACUCCCAUGCUCGUCUACAGGACCCACCCGGUGCCCUCUGGGCACGCUGGGGUGCCGUGGGCGCGGCCGCCCGUGCUGCCUGCGGCCGCGGGGCCGCCAGACGCGCUCGGCCAGACGGUGGCAACCCCGGAGGCGCUGGCGCAGCUGGCUGCCAGCGCCUGGCGCCCGGGCGCCCUGCUCGCCCAGAGUCUCCCGGCGGCGGCCGCGACGAGCUUCAGCUUCGCCCAGCCGCCCGCGCCGCAGUCGCUCCCCGCCGGGGGCUCCACGAUCGCGACGCUCGCCAUGGAGGUCUCCCCGGCCCCGCAGGCGACAAGCUCCACAGUCGCGAUGGAGGUCGGCCCUUCGCGGGCGGCGGCGCAGGCGCUGCCCGUGGGCUGUGCCGCCGCGGCCGGGGUGGAGGAGGACGAGCUGUCCCUCGCCUGGCGAGCGGGCAGGUUCCUGCGGCAGCAAAAGGAGCAGCUCCAGAGCCUGCAGCGGGCGCUGGCGACUGGGGCGGCUGGCCAGCAGGACGGCUCGCCGGGGGGGUCCGAGCUCGCGGCUCUGCAGCAGCAGCCGCUGCUGUGGCAGCACCCGUCGCCCCGGGCUGGGGCCUCCGACUCGGUGGGCCGAGGCGCCGGGCUCGGAGUGGCGCAGGGCCUGCAGCAGCCGUUGGCGCUGGCACCCCGCGAGGGGCCGCAGGACGGCAUGAGCAUGGAGGCCAGGCGGGCGGAAGAGGCCUGCAGGGAGGCCAUCAUGAUGGAGAGCGCUGCCCGCGCCGAGCGCUCGGCGCUCUCGGCAGAGGGAGCCGCUGCGGGCGUCCCGCCUGGUGCCUGGGCACCUGCCGGCGCUGGCGCGAGAGGCCGCGCGGAGACCGAGGUCGAGCCUCUGUCCGCGCAGGGUCGGCAGCUGCAAGCCAGACCGCUGCCGGCAGCACCCGCGCGCCAGGGCCAAGACCCUGGCAGCGCCUGCGAGCCCCACAGCCUGUACCUGGAGACACGCAGGGUGGCCUUGGACGGUGCACGUUCGGAGCAGGCUGGCCGCAACGGCCUGCAUGACGUGGGGACCGCUCAGUCACACCGUGAGAGGUUCCAGCCCGGGCUGGCAGGCGAGGGCACCGUGCCAGCGAGUCAAAAGGGCCCACGCGUCGUGGAGCAGCCCGUGGCCUUGCGGCGCCCGUGGCCACGUAUCGAGGACGUGGGGCGCGCGGAGCCGCCGCCAGCGGUCGAGUGCCUGGGCCGGGAGGUCUUGAACGAGUGCGGGGUCCUGUCCAGGGCAGCCGUGAGCAUCCAGAGCAGCUUCGGCGAGCAGAACGCUGCUGGGCGGCAGCACCAGGCCCGCCUGGACUCCCUCGUGCAGAAGCUCGAGGCGGUCGCGGGGACCUUGUCGUUCACGUCGGGCCCGCCCCCCGCGGAGGGGCCGCCGGGCGCCACCGCUGACGAGGAUGCCGCGGAGCGCGCGGCGCAGUCAGGGGCUGACGGAUGCCUGGGCCAGGAAGUCCUGGCCGAGUGCGAGGCUCUGUCCAGGAGGGCGAUGGUCUCCGAUGAUCAGAAAAACGCCGGGCGGCAGUACCACGCCCUCCUGGACUCCCACGUGCGGUCGCUCGAGGUGGCGGCCUCGAGGGCCGCGAUCGCCGAGCUGGCGGGCUUGUCACCAGGGGCGAGCGGCGCGCUAUCUCAGCCCCCGUCGCCGCUGCCCGGGGAGGCGGGCCUCCAGUACCACGCCGGCACCAGCUUCACAUCCGCGACGGCCCCUCUGGCCUCGCUGGCUUCCUCCGACGUCGGCAGCGGCUUCCUGCCCGGCAAGCUCGGCCGGCGCCACUUUGGAGCGCUCCAGAAGGAGGGCGAGCAUUGGGACCUGGUGGUGGUCGGCGGCGGCGCCACCGCGGUCGAGGCGGCGCUGCACGCCGCGAGGCUGGGCCGCAAGGUGUACCUCGUCGACCCGCCGAGGCAGGGGCGCGCGAGCGACGACAAGAGUCUGGGCGCUCCCCGCUGCGGCUACGGUGCUGAUUUCUCCGCGUGCCUGCAGUACGCUUGCUCCUCCGUCCGUGUGCGCGACCUGCGCGCUCAGGGCCUGGACGACACGGCCGUGUGGGGCCGCCUCCGUGCCCUCUGCGCGCAGUUCGCCGAGGAGGCGGCCAAGAAGAAGGUCGACUCCCUUCGCGACGCCGGCGUUCGCUACCUCGAGGGCAAGACCACCGUCGUCAGCGCCCGGGCACUGCUCGUCAAGGAAACUGGCGCUGGGCACGAAGCCGUCUCCACCGACCGCGUUCUGCUGGCCACCGGCUCUGGCACGGUGCCCCCGUCAUGGGUGCCGAAGGAGUGCAGCAAGGUCUUCGAUGCCGACACGGUGUCCUCGCUGCCCUUCCUGCCGAGGAGCGUGGCGAUCGUCGGCUCUGGUGCCCUGGCCUUGGAGUACGCUGCGCUCUUCAGGGAGCUCGAGGCGGAGGUCUUCCUCCUGGAGGACCAGGCAGAGGUACCCGAGCCCAGCGAGCUGGACGCCGACCUGCACGACGCUCUGCUGCGCGCCCUGCGCGCGAGGGGCGUGCGCUCGGGGGCCCCAGCGUGCAGCGCCGUGGCGCAGCAGGGCCCUGGCGCACCCUUGCUCCUGGACCUGGGCGAGGGAGCUGUCGAGAUCGACUGCCUGCUGGUCGCCGCGGGCAGGCAGCCGCGGCUGGAGGGGCUAGGCCUGUCCAGGCUGCCGCUGCAGCUGGCCGCCGGCGGCCCGUGGCUGCGGCUGGACGAGCGCUCCCAGACGUCGCUGCGAGGCAUCUUCGCCGCGGGCGGUGCCGCGGGGAGCUGGCCGUCCGAGAGGAGCGGCGCUGCCCGCGUGCGCGCGGUGGUGGACGCGAUGUUCGGCGAGGGCAGGGCCACGGUGGCGGACGAGCCCUGCUGCGAGCCGGUCGUGCUGUCCACCGUGCCGGGGUGUGCCUUCUGCGGCCGCACCAGGAGGGACGCCGAGGCGAGGGGCCUGCGGGUGGUCGAGGGCACCGCGCGCUCGCGCCCGCGCGGCGGCCCCGAGGGCGAGGGCUCGCCGGGCGAGGAGGGCGCGCUCCAGGACGUGCUGCUCAAGCUGGUCUUCCACGUGGGCGACGGCAGCCUCGCCGGCGUGCACGCCCUCGGCCCAGGCGCGGGCGAGCUGGUGCGCCGCGGCGGCGAGCUGCUGGCACGCCGCGCCAGCGUGUUCGAGGUGCUGGGCGAGCAGUCGCUGGCCGGGGCGCCGCGGGAGCUCUUCCGGGCCGCGGCGCUGGACGCGCUGCCGGGGGCCGAGGGCCGACCGGCCUGAGCACCCAUGUGCCGGAAGCCCGCGGGGAGUCCCCGCUUCGCACGUGUCGCGGAGGCCCCGCGGUGGCGCUCGCGUUUUGGUGGCGGCGGAUGGGAAACAA